AUGGACUAUAACUGGUCAUGGCUUCCCCAACAAAGGGUCACAACACCUCCACCUACUCGUUCAGAUUCUCAGGACCAUGACAGUGUCGAGGUCUUUGAGGAGGAGGGUGGGGUCAAUACCCAGGCAAUGCGACAGCAUUUCGUCCGUUCAUUCCCGCAUAACAACGUGGAAAAUGCGGAAGAUGACGAAUUCUCCUUAGUCGACAGUGACGAAGAGGAUGUAGCUGACUCGCCUGAAGUAACGAACGACGACGAUGAUGAUGAAGAUGGAGACGAUAUCAACGAGGGUGGAGAUGAGAAUGGUAAUGGUGACGAUGCCGAUGCUACCGGCGAGGAGGACGUCGACGAGGCGGACGAGGGAGAGGAGCACGAGGAGGAACCCAUGUUUGAUCCCGCCUCUGUAGGCUUGAAGGAGAUCAGCAACCUCGCCAGCUUCACGGUCAGCAGCUACAAGCCGGGUUGCGGAGUAAAGGAGCUUCGUGACGAUGAUGUCAACCAGUUUUGGCAAUCUGAUGGACCUCAACCUCACCGCCUCAAUAUACACUUUAUCAAGCGUGUAGAGAUCCGGGCUCUACGGCUUUAUCUAGACUAUGAACUCGACGAGAGUUACACUCCAACCAAAAUCCAGAUCAGUGCUGGUUUUGGACCCAACCUCACCAUCCCUUUUACAACCAUGGAACUCAACACGCCAAAGGGCUGGAUAGACGUUCCCAUCGCCGGCGCAGGAGGCGGUCCGGACGGCAACUCCCUCGGCUGCUGGUUCGUGCGUGUUCUCAUACUGGAGAACCAUCAGAACGGCAAAGACACCCACCUUCGCGGUGUCAAGGUCUACGCCCUAGAUGACAACGCCGAUACUGCAGAGAACAAUCCACUGGAGGACAUGGUGGAAGCCUUCGACGACUACGAAGACCGCAUGGGUCGGAUGAAUAUUCACGAUCACGAUGAGGACGGCCUGCUUCGGCACGAGGCGGCGAUGCAACGCCAGAAGGCCAACGCCAAGAAAUUCGCCCCAGGCGAUGGUGGCUUGAGCAUACCGGAUUUCAUGAGAGAACCGGAGAUUCGUUGA